UUGUUUCAGAGCGACUGCAGUGGUGACCGUCACCCUGGGACAGCAUGUCGGGCCCGGUACCCAGCCGAGCGAGAGUCUACACGGACGUCAACACCCAGAGGCCUUGCGAAUACUGGGACUACGAGUCCCACGUGGUGGAAUGGGGCAACCAAGACGACUACCAGCUCGUGCGGAAACUGGGUCGUGGCAAGUACAGCGAAGUCUUUGAAGCCAUCAAUAUCACGAACAAUGAGAAAGUGGUGGUGAAAAUCCUCAAGCCGGUGAAAAAGAAGAAAAUAAAGCGUGAAAUUAAGAUCCUGGAAAACCUCCGGGGGGGGCCGAAUAUCAUCAACCUGCUAGACAUCGUCAAGGACCCUGUGGUAAGGAGGGGGGGGCUUUUCCUGACCCCCAUCCCGUCUUCUGCCCUACAGCAACUGUAUCAGACGCUGUCAGAUUUUGAUAUCCGAUUCUACAUGUACGAAAUCCUGAAGGCUCUGGACUACUGCCACAGCAUGGGGGUCAUGCACCGGGACGUCAAGCCCCACAACGUGAUGAUCGACCACGAGCACCGGAAGCUGCGCCUGAUCGACUGGGGCCUGGCCGAAUUCUACCACCCGGGACAAGAGUACAACGUCAGGGUGGCUUCCCGGUACUUCAAGGGACCGGAGCUUUUGGUGGAUUACCAGGUCAGCCGGCAAACUCAGAAUGGGGCCUUCCUGGGGACGGGGGGGGGGCAGGAGGAAUCGGGGCGGAUGGUGCCCCUUCCCGAGGAGAGGACCGAGCUCGGCUCUUCCGCCUUCAGCCGGCCACUCCCGGUUCUUCCAGUCUUCCUGACCCUCCUCGCCUUUGUACCUUACAAACCAACCCCAGGAACAAACCAGAAUCGCUCCAAGGAAGUUUAUUGA